AUGUUCUUUUUUCGUUUUGGUAGAAAACAACGAAGAGAUGAGCUACUCCAAGCGCAACAAAAACGUGCUUCUGCACGUUUUUCAACACCGGAUAAUAUACAGAUGGAACGUUUGGAACGAUGUAAAAAUUGUUGUAAAUCAUUUACAACAUUUAUAUUUUCACGUGUUGGCCUGUGUUUACUUGUCGUGGCUUAUGCAUUUGGUGGCGGUGUGAUAUUUCAAUUUCUUGAAGCAACAGAAGAAGAUAAUGUUAAUAAAGUUCAACAACAUUUAAAUGCAACAGUUGAAAAAUUAUUUGAACAUAGUAUGAAUUUAACCGUUUAUCAUCAACCGAAUUGGACGGCAGUAGCUCGAGAAAUACUCGAAGAAUAUCAAAAAGAUAUUGUUCGUCAAACAAAACGUGGUUAUCAAGGUGAACGUCUUUCCGACGAUGCUAAACAAUGGAAUUUUCCAGAAGCAAUUCUUUAUGCGAUAACAGUGAUUACAACAAUUGGCUAUGGACAUAUUACUUGUAAAACAAAUUAUGGCAAAAUAAUGACCAUGAUCUAUGCUAUAUUUGGUAUUCCAUUAAUGUUGUUGUGUCUAGCAAAUAUCGGUUCAACAAUGGCGGAUGCAUUUCGUUUUAUUUAUUGUAAUAUAUGUUGUUCAUAUUGUCAUAUGGUAAAAAAACGUCGAAAUCUUCGAGCUUUACAAUCCGUUGAACGGUCGCAUGCGGCAUCAUCGUCAAUUCCACAAUCGUCAACGACAACAACAUUAUGCUCACAUAAUCCUCAAGCAACUACAAAUAGUCUUGAACAACAACAAUCAACACCUAAUCUUGUGGAAUUCGUUGAUAAUCUUAGUUUUGACUAUCGUAAAGUCACCAUACCGAUUAGUGUCACACUCUCGCUGCUGUCAUCCUAUUUGAUAUUGGGCGCUUUACUUUUUAGCGAAUGGGAGAAAUGGAAAUUUUUAGAUGGAGCUUAUUUUUGUUUCGUCACACUGGCAACCAUCGGUUUAGGUGACCUUGUGCCUGGUAAAUCUAUAGAAUCCACACAAGUCGAAGGUAAACUUAUAAUAUGUGCACUUUAUGUGCUACUUGGUUUAUCAUUAAUGGCCAUGUGUUUUAAUUUAAUGCAAGAAGAAGUGCGUGCAAAAUUUCGACGCUUAGGAAAUAAACUCGGUAUAAUUGAUGAUCCAAAUUAUUGGUAG